GUAUUUUACGUUUAACACUUCCGCCUAAAUUAUUUUGACACACGCAAUACGUUCUCACUUCUUUUUCCUUGUAAAAGUGCAAAAUUUAAAUUAUCUGUUGUUGUUGCUUUACUAUGUAAGGACCAAAACAAAUCAAAAGUUUAUACAUGUUAUGGAUGUAAAUUCGCCACUAAAAUAAGUUCGAACCGGAAAUGGGAAUUCUUCGAAAAAAUGUAGCUGUGCUUCUGCUGGUGUUGUCAUGUUAUGACGCCUCCGGACAGCUGAAUGGGGCUCAAACGGAUAUCAAUAACAGAGCUCGGAUAAAACAAAGAGUACCUCAAGAGAAUAAAACUGAACGUAGUAAUAAGAUGUUAGGCGCUGCCCAAAUUUCGCCUAGAAUCGGUGCAGUAGGACAAAACACUGUAUUCAACGCGCAGAAUUUAGAGACGUUCAAUCGACCGGAAGGAACGGAGAGUCUAGUACGGAGUUUAAAUAAGAAUCAACGAUUUGAAACAACGUAUGGUAGGAAUUUUGGGCAGUACGGAAGUUAUAAAAAGCACAAAUCGUGGCAGGAGGCCGUCGCACAAGACAGACAGAGACAUAUUGCUAUACCAGAGGAUCUCAAAACAAAGUUUCCCUGGCUUAUUAAUAAGCUACACUUACCUUCUGUUCAUGGGUUUGGUUUGAAUGGAUUCUGGAAUAGUUAUGCUGUACCCGAAGGGACACCAGAUGUCAAAGGGCUUGGUCCCGCGAAGUUCGGCCAGCAGCAAUUCGGACAACGUUAAAAUGGGUCGCGAUGGGUAUUGGAAACGUGGGGGAAAAAAGGUGCCUGAAGAUAUUUCUGUAAUACAAGACGCAAAAACGUAAUAGUUGAACAUUGACUAUGAGAGAAAGACUAUACAAGAUUUUCUGUGAAACCUCAGGGUAGCGAGAGCCAACUUUUCACGUUUUAUUAUGUUUAGGGUAUUUGUACCAGGUGUAUAUAUUAUAUUAUACAUUUACUUAAUUUUUCGAGAUAUUUACUCUAAAUCUUAGUUACAUUGAAAUAACGGACAAAAACAGAUGAAUACUGAUAAUUUAUUUGUGUAAUUUUCGCGCGAAUGAUAUGACCCCCUGUUCGUCGGCAUGGCGGGAGAAAAUUGUUUCAUGUUCAAACCUUGUUUCAAUACUCAGCAAAUGUAACAAAAAAAUAGAAAAAUAUGAAAAACACUGUAAACGCAGUAAAAUGGUUCACUUUUGAAUAAAAAUACCAUUUGUUGGGUUUGUCACUCUACAUUUCUGAUCAAUCAGAACGGACUUAAUAUUACUUUAUUACCAGGUAUAUGAUUAAGUUCCUUGUACUUUUUUGAAUUGGUGGUCGUUGACCUAUCUUUCAACAAACACUUUCAGAUGAUAUUUAUACAUUUAAACAUUCUUGUACAAUGUUGUAUGUUUGAUCCUGUUUAGAUGCCAUACUUGUAUCAGUUCUUUGUUAUAGCUCUAGAUGCUUUGACGUGUUUGGUAUAUUUUGUUUUGGUUAUUUUAAGUUUAUAGUGUAAUAAUUUAAAUUGUUCGGCGGUGCAUGUAAUAUUAAUGCAUAUACUUUACUAUUUAAAAUACAUGUUACGGACAACCAAACAGUACUAGAUUUCUACCAACAAAAGGCCUAGAUCUACCAAAAAUAAGGCGAGAAAUUUCAGUAUUAAAUAUUGAACAUAUGUAAUAUAGUCGCGCGCUUUUUACACUGUCUUCAGUCUUAAUUCUUAUAAUUUUCUUGAUAAUAUUUUUGUUGAGAGUCAUAGACGAAAAAGAAUGAGUUUUAACUUUAUAAAAAAUACAUAAAGAAGAUGCAUACUGACCUUUGUGAAAUUCCGUUAAUGGAAGUAUCUGCGGGUUGCAGUCGGUUCCGGUAUGUGAAAGAAAAACGGACAGAUGGGAACAAACGGCCGUUCUCUCGGAUAGUAUGACGAAUUGUACGUAUAUUUUGCAUAUACAGUCAACCAUCUGAGAUUAGGGGGUACCUGACUCUAAAUACCAGUUACAAACUAAACAUAUUCAGUGCAUCUUUACCUAUGAAUGACGACCACAUAUGUACAUAAAGACAUACACCUUUUAGACUUUCUCAAGCAUUGGCGUUUGCUUUUACAUAUAUAUACGUUUUUGACAUCACAUAAUCAAAGCCUUCGCGCGGUUUAUUUUUCGAUUUGCCACGGUUCACAGGAAAAUUGAACGUGACGGCAUUACUGAUGUCACAAUAUUACCUCACAAGUUCGCGUGUCAACCGUUGUUUAUCGCAGAAUAUACAACAGUUGACUUCCUUCUUUGUUUAAAAUAAAUCGAACCGUAUUAGAAUGUAUAUUUUAUAUUAAAAUUUCAGGAGAAAAAAAAAUUCAAUGAAAUAAUACUAAAUGCAUAUUUAGCAAAUGAAAUAUUCUGCAAACUGAAAAAUGAUAUAUCUAGUAUAAUUUCCCAUUUACUUUUCUAUAGUGAGUAAUCUAUCAAAAACAGCCCGGAAGUGACUGGCAUUUCUAUGAAACAAUUCUGCUUCCGCUUGUUCCUUAAAGCAAAGUGUAUUUACUUUAGGACCCAUAAGGGAUCACCUGAAAUAGUUAUGGUCGUCUUAGUUACACUUGUGAACUGGUUUCGUUGCACAGUUUAUUAGGACAACCACUCUAUGAGAACGAGUUAGUUAACCCACCAAGAUAUAUGUACAUGCAUUUUGCAAAUACUCAACACCUUUCUGUAAUGGGACAUUGAUCAAUGCAGUUACUAAGUCAGAAUAAAAUUGAAAUGAACUGAAUUUGUUUUAUGUUUUACUAUGAACACAUUCAAAUUAACGACUUUAAGGGUAGAUCUCGGCCUUUGGUGGUUCACUAGCCGCAAAACACCUUUGUUAUAUUUUAAGUGUCUAUUUAUGUUUACAGAAGAUAAUAGAAUUGAAAAGGCAACGCUGAGCUAAUGUUAAUCCUAACAGCCAGGUCCUCUUAAAUCAUUUAAAUAAGUAAACGCAUUUUCAAAAUCGGGUUAGAAAUGACAAUGUAAAAACAUUUUAAUAUCUAAUUAAAAUAUCGGGCAUUUUGCUUCCGAAGCAUGACAUCUUAAAGGAAAUGGCGAAUUUAAUUUAUUCGUAGAUAUUUAGUUGUACUAUAUUUUCCUUAUCCUGUAAAAUCAUUUCUCUGCCCUUUCCAUUUACCAACUUAGUUAUAUGUCAUUUAAACUUCGUAUUUGGCGGAUGAUAUUGCUGUCAUUAAAGUUUUUUUUGCAACAUUGUAGAACAUAAUUGCAAUAAAAUAUCAAGAGUUCA